CGGAACAGUCCAGGGUUAGAGCUCGACGGAGAAUACACAGCUGCGGUGGACGGUCGAUAAGACGAUAUCAGUGAAAUAAGCGAGCCAAGUAAACAAGAACAGCUUCCGACUAUUUCCUCUCGAAUAUUGACUCAUUUCGUAGUUGCUCUUCUCCGGUUAAAUCACUGGAAAGAGUCAGACGAUACCAGCGACGGUGUCCCGUAGGUGUAGAACACUAGUAAGAAGCUGAAGAGAACUGGGGAUAAAUAACGAAGGUCGAAGUGUGUAUAUUAAUAGUUGAGUGCAUCAACGGGGCAAACGGUACCUGCAGAGAUCGCGUCUUCGGAGUGACCAAUUCAGCGAAUCCCGCCGUUCAGGGGUUUCAUUGUCAGUGAUCUUCGUUACACCAAACUCGCGUCACUGGGGGGAACCAGUGACUAUGUAAGCCGGGGGAAAAACGGAACAGCCCGGUAUCAUUGAAGAAGUUCACUCAAAGCCUGAACCAGAAGCUCGCAAACUGGCUCCGGAAGUAACGAUAAAGCAAAUUGGUAUGAGGGAGGAUCUGCUCUCGAUAAUUCGUCACACAAGUAGCGACCAUUUUUCUGAAGAACUUUAGCGGCAACCCCAGGCCCGCAACCCCUCGAGUUUUAUCUAGGUACCUGUCGCUACUCUGUGAUAAAUAACCGAUCCAUUCCGAGACCCAAGAGAUUGUCCUCGACCACCGGACUCCCGCAAAACGGACAGAAUAGUUCCUUGGUUCGUUACCGAUCCUACUUUGAAAACGGACCGCCCGUCGUCAGCCCUUGGAAGGAGCAGAGAUCCGAGAAAGCAUCGGUUCGCCAAUUGUAUCCUGCGAACCAGAAGCGAAAACGCGACCUUGUUAUGCCCUGGGUAGCCGCCUGUCUCGAUCUGCUGGCCGGACCGCUGUUUGGCUAUUGCCUUGCCGUCAGGAAGCUAGCUCUCCACGUUGGGAUUCUCCACGAGGCUGGGGUAGUCGCGAACUCUUCGGUUGGAAUAACUACCAAAACUAUGGCACCGAGUGUCGAGGCGAAGAGCUGUGCCGAAGAGGUGCACAAAGAAACCGGCCAGGAAAUGCCAGCGAGAAGCGGCAACAAGGCUAAGCCUCCACGCAGGUUUGCUGGGGUUGUCGUCGCCAUGGCAGGUUUGCCGGCCAGGGGUAAAACUCAGGUCGCACAUUGUCUUGCUCGGAGGUUGAACUGGAACGGCGAGUCUGCUAAAGUUAUGCGUGUCAGCGUGUACCGCCAGAAACGACUGGACAUGUACGCCUCUCAUGAACUCUUCAGGCCAGAUCAUGCCACCAAUGUGGCGAUCAGGUCCCUUGCUCAGAAGGACGCCAUGCGGGACUGUGCGUCUUGGUUGGCCGCUGGGAAUAGUCUUGCUAUCCUAGACGGCACUCUGGUGACCCACGAACAGCGAGCGGAGGUCUUCGACUACUUUUCCGGCCAACUUGGCUACCGCGUCAUCUUCAUCGAGUGCGUGUGUUCCGAUCCUGCGUCGUUGGAACAAAAUUACCAAGGGAUCCUAACGUACAGUGCCGACUACAAGAAUAUGGACAAGGCCAGAGCGGCCGAGGACUUGCGUUUGAAGGUCGCCCAUUACGCCCAAGCCUACGAACCCAUGGACGAAAAGACUUGGCCCAGGAUCACCGUUGACACUGGCAACAUGGAUAUCACAGCGCACAAAGUUAGCGGUCACGUCGAGACCAAGAUCUUGGGAUACCUUGGCAGCGUCAGGAUCCAGCCUCAUACCCUCUACUUCUCAAGGCAUGGGGAGAGCGAGUACAAUGUCCUCGGAAAAAUUGGCGGGGAUGCUGUUUUGAGUGCUCGUGGAGAGCGCUACGCGCAAGCUUUGGCUGCCCACAUCAACGGCUUGCACGUACCGGAAUUACGAGUCCUUACUAGCCGACUUCGGAGGACCAUCGCGACUGCUCGAGGCGUUGAAGCCGCCCAAGAGCACAUUUCUGAGCUGAACGAGCUCGAUGCCGGAGUUUGCGAGGGACUUUCCUACGAAGAAAUGCAGGAACAAUACCCGCAGGAGUUCGCCUGGCGUGACCAGGACAAGCUAAGGUAUAGGUACCCCUGGGGCGAGAGCUACGUGGAUAUAAUGCAGCGGGUGGAACCAGUUUUGGCUGACCUUCAACAGGCCACGAACAUGCUGGUGAUAUCUCACCAGGCGGUUUUACGCUGCAUAAUCGGUUUUUUCAUGGACAAAAAACCCGAGGAGUUGCCCUACAUGGAGGUCCCACUGCAUACGAUAAUCAAGAUCACUAGCCGCGGGUUUAACUACGAACUCGAGUUCUUCAAGCUGCCGAUCGAGUGCGUAAACACCACCAGAGUUAAGCCGAAGAAUUGCAGCGUUAACAGGACUGCCGACGAUGCUUUGCUGACGGUGCCGGCUCACUUCGACAUACCCGAUCCUUGGAGGAAUCCAGCCAGUGGUCCGACCCUCGUCCAACAACACUGAGGGCAGGACAAAGUCUCCGAAAAGGGUUGUACCGACCCUAAGCAAGGCUCAUCGAAGUCCUCGAGCGACAAGUGCUCUUCGAAGAGCGACUUCGCGGUCCCGUUGGAUCGGAGAUAAAGUAUUAUAUUUAGAUGUAUUUCGGUAAAUGACUAUACCGAAUAUCGAAUCUGAGCUUUUCUUAUCAUCUGUUAGAGGAUUCGGAAUAAUCGGAUUAUCGCGUACGAUAUAAUAUUGAGGAGUUCUGUACGGGUUUAUUGUUAAUCCGAGCAUCGGUAUUGAAAAUUUGGAAACCAAAUUUGAGUAACGAUUUAAUUUCUGAUCGGGUUGACUGCUCAACUAAUUCGACAAUUCAACCAAUCGCCACUUAUGUAGACUUGGUAGGAAAACCACGGUGAUGAAGUUAGGGGUUGAGUUGGAUUUUCAUCUGAUAGAAAUCCGUAGUACACGGAUAUAGACCGACGGCCGAAGAAUAUUGGAAAUUUUGAGAAAGAGUCAAAUUGAUUCUUUUCACCCUCGGUCCAUUGAAAUUAAAAGGUAAAUUAUAAAAUCUGGUAAUAUUUGAGGCCAAAUACAAUACCAUUAUUUGGAAAAUCCUGUAAUAUACACUUCCCGUAAUUGAACAAUAAGUACUACAUACCUGUGUAUGGUGUAACCAAAAAAUCAGUAAAAUUCUACAAAUGUUUUUCAAUUUAUGCAGUGGAGAGUAGAAAGUAAACAAUUAGAUUAAAAUAGCUAUUAGUGACUAUUGUAGAAACGAAGACCGAUGAUGCUGGUUGCCAAGUGGAAUGGUUGGUGUUGGGAUUCAUCUAGUUGAAAGGUAAAAUGGUAAAGUAUCGAACGGCAGUAUUUCGGUGCCCACUGCCUGAGCCUUCUUCAUUUUUUAGUAUAUGGUACUUAGAGUAGUUUAUUUUUAAUUUAUACAUUACGUUAUAGAGUGUAUUUUAAUAUUACAAAAACAGAAGAAAAAAAAAACCACUGACAAGGAAAAUAUGAAAAAACUGAUUUUAUUGAAGCAAAUAUCGCGUAGAUUAUGAAUACAUAUACGGUAUUUGAGGACACAUUUAAAUCUCUAUAAAAUUUACACAGCUUAUUAAGAACGGGGAUGCUAUAUACGAGUCCCGCGCAGUUAAAACAGCCUGUAAACAAAAUUGCAUAUUAGAAUAGCGUAUAUUUUGCGGGGCGCGAAUACGCGCGCCGAGGCACAUAGUGUGGACACGAUAUAUUUAUUUAAAUCAAAGUCCAUAUUUUUGGAUAGUAUGACACAAUACAUACAUAUACAUGAUCGAUGUGUUAUUCCUAUUUAAAAGUCAACGUUGCAUUUUGCUGCAGAGUGAUGUCCCCCCCCCACCCUACCCCCCUCGCGUAGAAGCUAGAUUUGUACUUUAAGAAUAAUGAAUUUAUUUCACAAAAAGCCGCAUGUUACGAGAAUGCAUAACAAUGCGAAUUUGAUAGUAAAUAGAUUCCUCUUGUAAAAUAACAUACAUUCAGGAAUGAUCAGAAGAAACGAUAUAACGUAAAAAAUAGCUGAGGUGAAAUUGUUAGUUAAGUUUUAAAGGUUUAGAAAACUCGCAAGUUAUGUUUAGAAUUAAAAAUUUUCUGAACGUUUUGUAGAGGAUUCGUGAGUAGGUUUUCUUGUUGAAAUGAACUGUUGAAUGUAUUUUAUUGUAAAAAGUUAUCAAUAUACAGAUUUGUCUUGGGGUUGUAAGGGAAAGUCAUUUCUUCAUCAGUCGUGACUAAUGAACGCCAAUUAUUAAUAAGUAACCUAUAAAAUAUCCGUGAUGCAUGCGUUAUACUGUAUUAUAUAUUUUACACGUAUAGCCCCCAUAACUUUGGGAUUUUGUUAUUGCCAUAACUAUUUUUAUCAUUUCAAUGUAGUACAUUUUAUGAUAAAUAUGAUAACAAUAAAGAUUUUCUUUUUUUACGAUGA